CCUACAUCUUUAAAAAACCAUCUACUAAAUCCCAAAAAUACACACUUCUCAAAAAUAGUGUUCCCCUCAUCCUCCUCUCAUUGUCUCAUUUCCAAUCCCUUCUUCACCUAUUUCUUCCCAUUUUUUUGAUUCUUGAGAAACAACAAUAGCAGUUCUCCACCACCACCCAAUUGGCUGGAAAACCGUGCCACGUUCAACUAAAUUCAUUGAGUUUAAAUCUUGAAUUCGUGUUUUUUACUUUAAAACAUGUCGGACUCAUGUGUUUGGGGUUACGUGAAAUUAAUAGUGAGUUUAGGCAUUGUAGCUCUGGUUCUUUGGUUAAGUUUUCGUACCACGAAACCUAAAUGUUCCAUCAAUGAUUUUUACGUGCCAGGUCUUGACAAAUCAGUCAACAACAACAACAACAACGCGACAAGACGCAACAACAAUCUAUCCUUUCAACUCAAUCUGAAGAAUGAAAUGAAGGACAAAGCUGUUCGUUACGAUGAUAUUACACUUAAGUUUUACUAUGGUACAAAUACAAGUUACCCUAUUGGUAAUUUUACAGUUGAUGGAUUUAAACAGGGGAAAGAUAAAGAACUAUUUAAAAGUGGGAUGAUUGAAACUCAUAAUAUGCCAUGGGAUGCUGCACUUAAAGCUGUUACAAAUGGAUCUAAGGCGAUUUUUCGAGUUGAUGUGAGUAGCAGAAUAAGGUACAAGAUUACAUUUUGGUAUACUAAGAGACAUAAUUAUUUUGUGGAAAAUAAGGUUGAAGUUGAUGAUAAAGGUAGAUCUGGUGCUCAACAACUGAGUUAUAGUUUUGGGGGUUUUGGUCUUACAUUAUUUGUUUUGUCAUUUUUACUUUGAUUUUCCUGUUGUAAAAGGCUUGUUCUUGCUGAUUACAAUGGUUAUUGUUGACUUUUCUGUUUGCUUUCAACAAUUUUUUUUGAUUUUUUUGGCUAUUUGAAGGACUUGUUCCUAGAAAUUGGCAGUGAUUAAUGUUCAUAUUUUCCUUUCUUUCCACAGUUAUUAUUGGAUGAUUCUUUUUAUUC